AUGAGGAAACUCUGCCCCAAUUUGGAUCGUGAGGAUGGCCUGGAGACCGUUCUCGAGGUCCCCAUCCCGGAAGAGAUGUUCGCCAGCAUGGGCAGCAACACCACCGUCCGGUGGCAGAACAUGCGCAACUGGAUGAAGUGUCAACCUGCUAACGAGACGGAUUCCUCUGCCAAUUCCGAUCUUCAACUCCUUCUCAAUGUCGUGGGUUCUCCUUUUAUUCCUCACGAGGUGCAAACCGACACCACUGUCAACCGCCCCAUCAAAGACUCCUCUAUCGAAGCUUCAACAGCCAAAUAUAUUGUACAGCAAUACAUAGCGGCAUCGGGAGGACAAACGGCAUUGAACUCAGUGAAGAGCAUGUACGCCAUUGGAAAGGUGAAGAUGUGUGCUUCCGAGUUCCAAGUUGGCGACGACAGUAUAAAAGCAAGGGGCCCCUCUGAGAUUGGAGGCUUCGUGCUUUGGCAAAAGAACCCAAACCUCUGGUACUUGGAGCUGGUCUUGCCAAGCUGCAAGGUCAGUGCCGGGAGUGAUGGCAAGGUGGCUUGGAGGCAGUCUGGCUCUCAACAAUCACAUGCCACCAAAGGUCCGCCCAGACCCUUGCGUCGGUUUUUACAGGGACUGGACCCUAGGUCUACGGCCAAUUUGUUUUUAGAUGCAGUGUGCAUAGGAGAGAAGAUUAUUAAUAACGAAGACUGCUUUAUACUCAAGCUUGAGGCAAAUGCAGCGAGCCUUGAGGCCCGAAAUACCAAGGCCGUGGAGAUCAUACAUCACACGAUGUGGGGCUACUUUAGCCAAAGAACCGGUUUGUUGAUCCAAUUUGAGGACUGCAAAUUACUGACGAUAAAGGGAAAGCGACACAGUAGCAUUUUCUGGGAGACGAGGAUGGAAUCGGUGAUCGAAGACUAUAGAUACAUUGACGGCGUUAACAUUGCCCACAGCGGCAGGACCCUGGUCACGCUAUAUAGGUACGGAGAUGGUUCCAUCAAUCACAAAAGGAAGAUGGAGGAGACAUGGACUAUUGAGGAGGUUGAUUUUAAUAUCCGUGGUUUAUCCAUGGAUUGUUUUCUACCACCUGCGAACCUAAAACGGGAUCUAGCUGAUUGAGAGAAGCAUGGGAUGAGACUUGAUAGUUGAGAUAGACACAAAGAGAGAGAGAGAUUUUGUUAAGAAUGCUAUAGAGGAGAUUUGUAUAUAUGACCGAACUGGAAUUUCUUGUUUGGUUACUUCCAG